AUGACAUACAAUAAAGUGAGUAAAACAGAGGAUCAAGACGAAAAGCAACCUGAAGCUAACAGCAAGGAUUCACCAGCAGAAAAGCCCACUGAGAGCAGUAAACAGGAAGAUGAAUCUUCGCCUGCAAUUACAGAAGAUCUGUCAAGCCCAGAAUCAGAGAAAAACCCUAAAUCACCUUCUGCAGAUGAAGAAAAUGGAAGUCCAAAGCACCAGAAGGGAGAAAAUGACCAAAAUGACCCGAACAACCCACAAUCGCCACAGAAACCUUUAAAGAAACCGGACAAAAUCCUGCCAUGCCCACGCUGCAACAGCAUGGAUACCAAAUUCUGCUAUUACAACAACUACAACAUCAAUCAGCCGCGCCAUUUCUGCAAGAGCUGCCAGAGGUACUGGACCGCUGGCGGCACCAUGCGGAACGUUCCUGUUGGCGCCGGCCGCCGAAAGAACAAGAACUCCGUCUCUCACUGCCGCCACAUCACCAUAUCCGAGGCCCUUCAGGCGGCCCGGAUCGAUCAUGCCCCGAAUGGGAUCCACCAUCCUGCAUUUAAGCCUAACAGCACGGUCCUUUCCUUUGGGCCUGAAGCGCCCCUUUGCGAAUCCAUGGCGUCCGUGCUAAAUCUAGCAGAAAAAAGGGCUACCAAUGAGAUACAAAAUGGUUUUUAUAAAGUUGAUCAUGUGGUUGGAGAGAAUGGGGAUGAUUGUUCUAGUGGAUCAUCGGUGACAACUUUGAAUUCCACGGAGGAAGUGGUAAGAAACGGGCUUCAAGAAACCGUAAUUGGAACCAUAAACGGGUUCUCAUCCCAAUUUCCGUGCCUUCCUGUUGUUCCGUGGCCAUACCCAUGGAAUUCUGCUGUUCCGGUGCCAGCCUUUUGCCCGUCUGGUUAUCCAAUGCCAUUCUACCCUGCCCCGUAUUGGAACUGUGGUUUUCCCGGGGCUUGGAGUGUUCCUUGGAUCUCUCCUCCUUCUCCUGCCAGGGCACAAAAGCCCACGGGCUCUAGUCCGGAUUCAUCUUUAGGGAAGCAUUCCAGAAAUGGAGACUUGAUUAGGUCAAGUGAGCCCGAGGGAAAAGAGUCACAACUGGUGGAGCAGAAGAAUUCGGAGCAAAGUUGUGUAUUGAUCCCAAAAACUUUAAGGAUCAAUGACCCUGAUGAGGCAGCGAGGAGUUCUUUAUGGGCAACACUUGGGAUUAAGAAUGAUCUCUUCCAAGGGUUCCAAGCAAAGGGUGAUCAAAAGAAGAAUCACAUCCCUGAAACUCCUCCUGCGCUUCGGGCUAAUCCUGCAGCCUUGUCCAGGUCCCUCAGCUUCCAGGAGGGGGCCUAA